GUUCGGUCAUAAGUUCUCACUUCUAAACACUUCUUAGUUUACUUAGCUUCCGACAAAGGUCCCACUUCCUCUUGUCUUCAUUGCUCCAUCCUUCUGUCUGAUCUCUAAUCUCUUCUUCUUUCACUUCGUCUUCUUCUUUUGUUUUUUUAUUUUCUCCCAAAGUUUCCAACUUUGAAAAGGUAUUUGGUGAAAAUCUUUGCUUUUACAAGUGUUUUACACUAUUUUGGAAUUGACACAAUUUUUGUGGGCUAUCUUUACUUUUUUCAGGAUUCUUGCUGGUGAGCAUUAAUGAUAGAUAUGGAAGUUGGUACUGCUAAUGGUGAAGAUAAGAUUAUGACAGCGACAUCAUCGAAUCAAAAACUGCAAGUGUCGGUUUCGUUUGGUAAGUUUGAGAAUGAUUCACUGUCAUGGGAGAAAUUUUCAUCUUUUUCUCCCAAUAAGUACUUGGAAGAAGUGGAGAAGUGUGCAACUGCUGGAUCAGUAGCUCAGAAGAAGGCUUAUUUCGAAUCACAUUACAAGAAGAUUGCUGAGAGGAGAGCUGAUAUAAUCAUGGAGCAGGAGAAACUAUUGGAAAGGAAUGCAUCAUUCAGGCCGAGUGUUCAGAAUCAGAACCGGGGAAAAACAUAUGAUAGUGACAAUGAGGAGUCAUUGAUGAACGAGUCUAGUGCUUGUUAUGAAUCUAACGGCGAAAGUAUUUCAGAAAAAGAUAAGCUUGUUGCCAGCAUUGCCACUGAGGUGAAUGAAACAUGUAUCCAUGACCAUGAGCCUCUUGAAGAAAUUAUGGACUCCGAGGAAUGUCCAAGCUUGGCUGAUGCAGGGGACGAUCUGAAUACCUUGAACUUGGAGAAACUUGAAGAGAUUGUCCAAGUGGAUGAUAAAGAGAAACCAGAAGUAGUUGUUUGUAUGAAGGAAGAUGUAAAAGAAGAAGUGAAAGAAGAUGUUUCAUCAAAGGAUACACAUGAAAAGAAUGAAAUGAAGAAAACGCCAAUGAAGGAGAGAAAGAAACAGAAAGAUCAGAAUCUAAUCAAGAAGACGGAUAAAAAUGUGCAAACAAACCAUAUGAGAAGCUCUCCUAAGCCUAGUCAGGUGACUAAGAAACCGGGAACGAGCAAGGUUGUAACCACUAGGAAAACUCAACCAAGCAAGGAGAAAAGCAUGACAAAGGAAGCAAAUAAAGCAGCAUCACCUGUCUUAAAGGCUUCAGGGUUUUCAACUCCAAGAGUUUCCAAGCCAGUUUCGACAAUCAGUUCAAUAUCUACUUCUCGCUCUUCAGUAAAGAAGGAAACUGUAUCGACUCUACCGAGAAAGAAACACACCGCUACAAAGUCAUUGCCCAUUUCUCUCAAUCUGGAUCAGCCAGGCUCUGAUCCUACUGUCAUUGCAACAACAAGAAAAUCCUUGAUCAUGGAACGAAUGGGAGAUAAGGACAUUGUUAGACGUGCAUUUAAGACUUUUCAGAAGAGUUUCGAUCAAUUGAAACCUUCUGGUGAUGGGCAAAAUUCAUCUCCAAAGCAGGUUCCUGCAAAGGCGACAGAUGUUUCAAGGAUAGGUACUACUAGUCAGAAAAAUAGCAGACUUGCAAAAUCAGAUGGCACAGAGAGAAAAGGUUCCAACUCUCACCGUUCUUCAUCUUUUGUAUCAAAAAGCAACGGGACAACAGAGAAACAGAAGGAGCCUUCCAGGUUUAACGCAAGAUCUGUAGAGAAGAUACGCUUACAGGCCAAACCAAAGGCAGAAGCAACCAAUUCGAAAACUCGGAGACAAAGUCUAGAUCCUAAAGCAAAAUCCAAACAAGGACUCUUCCCAAAAGACUCUUUACACAAAGUACUAUGAUGUGGCAGUCCUCAUUUCAAGAACCUUAUUCUGUUACUGCUGAGCGUUGUCUGAUAUCCUGGAGGGUUCCAUGGCACUGAGGCUGAAGUGCAAAGCCAAGGGAUCCACCAACAUUUCCAGUAAAAAGAUUUAAUAUCUCCAAACUUUCAGGUAACACUCAAGAGGUAAAGAGUCAAUGAUGUUUGUGAUAUAGAGAAGCCACCAGGAUUCCAGUAUUAGUUAUGUGAGUAAAAAGUAUUAAACAGUCUUCUGUCAAUGUAUUUGUAUAGAGUCUAUAGAUAAUAAACGUGAGGAUGAUGUUAUUAACAUACUUGAAUACCAAUCAUAUUUUCUUUCCUGA